CUUCUCGCCAUCCCAUCAUCACUUGGUGGCCACUGACUCUGAGCGUCUGCUCCGUAGCGUACCCUGUCCUCUGUCUCGUCUCAUCCGCAACAUCAGAUGCGACUGACCUGAGCAGACCACUGCGCUUCAGAUACCAAGACUCCAGUCAGCCGCUCUUGCUCAAUCAAGGCUUCGCUGUCUUGGUUCAGCUCGACAAAGAGCGCGCCUCGCCCCGAGUCCCCCUGAGACUGGACCUCUUCACAUGACUGCCGCCAUCGUCAUGGACAACAGGAAGAGGCCUUUGGAUGUCUCCUCUCCCCCCUUUGGUGGCACAGACUCGCCCGCCAAGAGGCUACAAAUCGAUUCCACGCCAGUCUCUUCAACCAUUCCCAAUGGCAUCCAUACCGCCACUCCCGCUCGGGCUCAGCGCGCAGCGCUAGAGGCCAAUGAGGAAGAAGAGGAAGAGCCUUCGCCCGCUUACAAGGGACUUGAGACGUACCGCAAGGAGGCUAUCUUCCGUCAGAUGCUAGAGUCGCGGAGAGAUCUAGCCAGGGCCGAACGCAAGUCCAGGUCUCUACAAAGAUCUCUGUCAGAGGUCGAGGAGAGGACGGCGGCCUUCAAUCACUUUUGGGAUCUGCUCGUCGAGGACAUUCGUGUUCUGUUCCAGAAAGAGGAUACGCUGGAAGAGCACAGAGCAGCUCUCUUCUCCGUCAUCCCGUUUACCGCUGGCCAGCCAAGCAAAAGCGCCUUUACUGCCUCGAUCCAGGAGAGAGGGACUGCGAUCAGAGCCGUCCUCACGAGGCUUGCGGCUACAGCUCCUCAAUCAACACAUCCCGAGGUCAACGAUCUGCAGGUCAGAUGCCAUCAGCUAGCAGACGAGGCCAGUACGCUACGACAGCAGUCUGCUGAUGCUGCCAGUCAGCUACAAAGGACCACAGAAGAGCUUGUAGAGGUUACAGAGAAGCUCAGGAAAGCGGAGAGGAGACUUGACCGACUUCAGAGCCGCUCUGUUCUGUUGAGCGAAAGGCCAUCCACCGAAGCCGAAGAGCAGGCGGAGAAGGCAAGAGUAGAGGCUGCAGAGGCCGAGCAGCGUGCUGCUAUCAAGCGCAAAGAGGCUGCCGAGACCUCGGGCGCUGAUGCUGCCGCGAAUGCCGCCACUGGCAGCAAUGGUCACGCUUCGUCUGCCUCUCGAGAGGAACUUGCGCAGCUCGAGGAACUGGCUCAUACCCGCUUGCAAGAGGCAGAACAGCUUCGCCAGGAAGUGACUUCGCUACGCCAGGAAUGCCAAAGGAUGCAAUUGGACCUACAUCGUAUACCGGACGACCGGACUCGUGAGACGCCUCUGUAUCGGGAUCUUCACGGACACUUCACUCACGCGCAACAUGAGCUGGAAAGGUUCAAAGGCAUCUUCGACGCCAUGGAAGCCGAGAACACCGACCUUCGGGAGCGUCGCACAGAGUUCGAGUCGAACGCACAGUCAGAAGCUCACUCCCUCGCAGACUCCCUUAGAGAGCAGCUCAAGUCUCGUGAUGCGGACGUUGCUCGCUUGCGAGCUCAACGAGAUGAUCUGAACGCUGAACUGACAGACCGACGAUCGCGGGAUGGAGUCAAGAUGACACAGAUCGACGAGAUCAAGCAGCUUGCCUCCAGCAAGGAUCUCCGCAUCGAGACGUUGCGGAGCGAGGUCAGGAGGCUGCAGAUGUCAUUAGCUGCACAGCGGGGCGACUCUGCUGCUGUCGAAACUCUCAAGUCAGAUGGAGUUGGGGAAGACGAGGUAGAGCUGAUUGCUUCACUACAAGAUCGCCUCAUCAAGGCUGAGGAGAAGUCUGCCGAUCUCCAGCGUCAGCUUGAUGCUCGCUCGUCAUCGCCAAGCGAGACUGACCUACUUGCCAAGACGUCUGCUCUCCAGAAGGAGCUUGAUGCUCUAAAUUCAAUUCUGCAAGGAGCGUCAUCUGCGGAAGAUGCAUCAAACAAGCUCAAAAAUCAGCAACAGCGGAUACAGCAACUCCAAGACGAGCUCACUGCCGCGAACGAGUCGACCUCUGCCUUGUGCGACGAAGUAGAGAAGCUGAGUCAGGCUUGGUCGGAUAUGAAGGACCAAGCGAACAGCAAAGUGAUGGAUUUGAGCAAGAUGGAGGACAAGGUCAUUCGAUUGACAACUGAGAAGUCAAAGGCGGACAACAAGUACUUUGCUGCUAUGAGGGCAAAAGACGCUGUCGACAACGAGAAGCGCUCUGCUCUUCGUACUGUCGAGAGACAAGUUCAGGUCAUUGAGCGGUAUGCCGAGGCUGAAUCUCAUUUUGCUAGUCAGAGUGCGGCCCACGAACGCGAGGUGACGUCGUUACGCAAGAUGAUCUCUGGGUAUUCUACGCGCAUCGCCGAGCUGGAGCGAGAUCUCAAGACGUCUAGGAUGCGCGAGGGCGAGAGCUCACAGUACCGCGCUCAUGCCGAGGAGAAGAUGCAGUUCCACAUUGCCGAAGCAGAGCAGGAGAAGGCGCGGCGGGUCCGCAUCGAGGAGCAAUUCGGCAAGAUGGAGCGCGAGCUCGAAAAAGCCAAGCGUCAACUCGCGGCUUCUGCCUCUAGCGGCUCAGGCUCUGGGAAAUUGGGCAACAAGAAGCUCAAUGGUCCUGGCUCGGCAGAAUUCGAGGCAUUGGAGAGGUUGCUCAAGUGCUCGGCGUGUCAUGAUCGGUACAGGGACAAGAUCAUCACAAAGUGUCUGCACACUUUUUGCACUGCUUGCGUCGAGGCGCGAAUCCAGACGAGGCAGAGGAAGUGUCCUUCAUGCGGUGGAGCAUUCGCUGUUAGCGAUGUACAGCCAUUGUAUCUGCAGUAAGCGUUGGAUUGCUUUGGGUUGGGGAGGGGAUUCACGGACUUUGCUUCUUCCUCUGGCGCUCGGAAGAGGUUUCUCAUCCUUCACUUCAAGACGGGACAUUUCAUUCCUAUCAUGUGCCACUAGUAGUUCCUGCUUGUCUCAUUCUUACCACUUGCUUAUAUACAAAUCUCAAAUCUCACUACCCAACUACCUUUUUUCUUUC